AUGCGCAUGGUGAUUGGCCCGGCAAAGGCUCACCCGGUGGAGGCUAGUGUAUGGGUUAUGCGCGCGAGUGUUGGUGAGCAAGCAUGCGAAGCUAGACGUGCGCGAGGGUGCUUGGUGAGAGGGUUGAGCUACGUCUUGGAGGACUUGUUGUAUAGGCGAGAGGUUGGUGUUGUGGCGUGGGCAAAAGGGGGUCAGUGCUGCAACAAGCUUAGGGGCGCUAGGGAGGACUGCUGCAAUCUUGGCUGA